GAUUUUUAAUUUGAUUGUUAGUUAAAUUUCAGUUUAAACUUUACAAAAUCUUUAAUGAUGAAAGAAAUUGAUGUUAGUGAAGUGAAAGUGAUAGUGAAUGCUUUUAGAGCUGUUAUCUCUCUUACAAAACAACAAAUAUCAAAUAUCUAUUCAAAAUUAUGUACUCCUGUUUCACACUGAAAUAUAAAACUCAUUUUCACAGGUUGGGUAUCAACUAUUUUAAAAUAUUAUUACUAAAAUAUAGAAAAGAUGACGAAGAAAUAGAAUUUCAACAUUCUUUGAAAUUCAAUAUCUCUGAAAAUAUUGCACGUAGAAUUUUUCUGUUGACAUUUUAUGAAAGGGCGUGAAAUUCUACUAAAGAUGCUUACAUUUAAAUAAGUCUUUACUUCUUUCAGUUAUAAAAUAAUGCAAUAAUUCAAAAUUUUGCUAUAUAUAAUCCAAUACAUCAGACCCCUAUUUCAACUGUUAUCACUAAUAUCGACACUAGCGCUGCACCAGGGGUUGCAGCCUCAAUAAUGGAAAUAUUUUAAUUUUCUUCUUAUAUUUCUUCUGUAAUUUGCUUAAACGCGUAUAAUUUAAUCAAUUUUUCAAUUUUUGUUUGAAAUGAAUUGUUGUUUUAUGAUUGUCAAUUUCUAAAAAUUCUCAUCUCAAUAAUGGCUGAAAGAGGUGCACAUUUAUCAGCAACGUUUGUGAAGAAACCUUCAAUUUUUGAAUUGAUUGCCCAAGAUACUUUGGCGAAUACGUUUUAUUCGGCGUUUCAACAUAUAGCUAAUCAAUUGACUUCCAAAAAUCCAACUCGUUAUGGAUACUUGGUUGAAUGGUUUGAAGAACUCUAUUUCGGCUUCAAUUUUCUAUUACAAUUCCACUACCUUAAAAAUUAUGAUGCUACAUUUUCCGAACGGUUUUAUAGUUUGAAGAGAAUUCUCAUUCGAACGAACACUCCAAAUGUCACUGAUUUAACCAUGAAGCAUAAAUUUCUAUCAUUAAUGUUCUCCGUGUUUUUCCCUUAUAUUAGAAAUAAGCUACAAGAAGCAGCUAAAAAUGCUGAAAAUGGAGAAGAAAAUCAUCUACUUAAGAAAAUUCCAAAAGAUUACCAUCGAUUUAUCGUGCAGCUGUACAAAUCAUCUCAUAUAAUCAUCGAAUCAUUUUAUAUUUUUUAUUAUUUAAGAUACAUGAUUGGUAAAAGUGAAACUCAUUCGGUAUUGUUGCGGCUUGCCGGUGUUACGUUGGUAUAUUACCAUGAAAAACCACAAACAAUUAAAUGUUGGAGAAAUACUUUGAAAGAUAUUAUUUCGGGUAACUGGAGAUCUUCAAUCGACUUACUCAAUGUUUUGAAAGGCUUCUUCGGUAGAAGUUUGGAAAUAACUGCGUUUUUCAUUCAGUUUCUAAGUUGGUGGCAUUCCGAACAGCUUCAUUCCAAAUUUACUGCGUAUCCAAUACCACCUGCACCUCACAAUGAAGUUGAGCAGCUCAAUAAAGUCAAGCUCGAUAACAUUUGUCCGAUUUGUAAAAACUCUUUCAAGAUUCCCACAGCAUUGACUGUCUCUGGAUACGUGUUCUGUUUCAAGUGCAUCCGAAAGCACAUCAUUGAAAACAAAAAAUGUCCCGUCACUCAACUGGCUGCAACUGCAGAUGAUUUAGUUCGCUUGUACGCAGAUCCAUGAGCGUUGAGAUCGAAUUUAGCAAGUGUUUCACUCGAGCUGUGAUCAAGAUGAUAAAAUCACAAUUACCAAUCGUUGAUUUUAAAUGGACGACUGUAUCUUAGGUGAAAAAAAAAAACACUAAAGACUGAGAAACACAUUAAUUCUAUAAUUUUAAUGAAAUACACGUUGCUAUACAAUAAA